CCCGCCGCCCCCGCCCCGGAAGCCGCCGCGCCCGGAGGUGCCGUCGCGGCGCAGGUGCGGGCGGUGCCGGCCCGUCCCCGCCCCCGGCCAUGUCGGAGACCCCUGGCGCCUGGCCGGGCCCCGCCGUGCCGCCCCCGCUGCCGCGACAGCCCCCGUUCGGGCCCGCGCCGCCCAGCCCCGAGAUGAAACCCGUGCGCAGGUUCAUCCCGGACUCCUGGAAGACCUUCUUCCAGGGGAGGCGCCACCGCGGCGCCAGCUGGGACAGCACGGCUUCCGACAUCAGGUACAUCUCAGAUGGGGUUGAGUGCUCCCCGCCUGCCUCCCCAUACGCGCUGCGGCUGCAGACUCGAGCAGUGCCUGGCUCCUGCAGGGACCCCUCAGGAGAAUCAGGCGGGAGCUGCAUCUGGCGGCCCGAGGCAGAGGCGAUGCUGCCCAGCACACAGGAGGAAGCCUGCCAGCAACGCUACGGCUACAUGAAGUCCUGGGCUGGGCUACUGAGGAUGCUCUGCGCAGCCGAGCUGCUGCUGGGUGCUGCCGUCUUUGCCUGCGUCACAGCCUACGUACACAAGGACAAUGAGUGGUACAACAUGUUCGGGUAUACGCAGCCCUACGGCUAUGGCACCAGCAGUGUUUACGGAGGUUACUCCUACAGUGGACCCAAGACACCCUUUGUCCUGGUGGCAGCAGGAAUGGCAUGGGUUGUCACCAUUGUGCUGCUGGUGCUUGGCAUGUCCAUGUACUACCGGACCAUCCUCCUUGAUUCCAACUGGUGGCCAUUGACUGAGUUUGGAAUUAAUGUGGCCUUGUUCCUUCUGUACAUGUCUGCUGCCAUCGUGUAUGUGAAUGAUACCAACCGCGGAGGGCUCUGCUACUACCAGUUGUUUAAGACGCCGAUAAACUCAUCUUUUUGCCGUGUUGAGGGAGGUCAGACAGCAGCAAUCAUCUUCUUGUUUGUCACGGUGGUCAUCUAUCUAAUUAGUGCGGUGGUUUCUCUAAAGUUAUGGAGACACGAAGGAGCUAGGAGGCACAGGGAGCUGAUGGAACGGGAGGUGAAAACGCAGUCCUCUCUUCCAGAAAAGAAGUAUGAAAGUGAUGACAGACCAAGAGAAGAGAUCACUUACAGGCAGCUUAAAUCAUUGGAAAGAAAACCGGAACUACUUAAUGGUCAUAUACCUGCAGGCCACAUUCCUAAACCUAUAGUGAUGCCAGACUACUUAGCGAAAUACCCAGCCAUUCAAACAAAUGAAAUGCGAGACCGGUACAAAGCAGUAUUCAAUGAUCAGUUUGCUGAGUAUAAAGAACUGUCUGUGGAAGUUCAUGCUGUAUUGAAAAAGUUUGAUGAGCUGGAUGCAUUGAUGAGGCAGCUUCCUCACCACCCUGAAAGCAUAUAUGAACAGGAAAGGAUAUCAAAAGUUCUACAAGAAUACAAGAAGAAGAAAAAUGAUCCUGCAUUUCUGGAGAAAAAGGAGCGUUGUGAAUACCUUAAGAAUAAGCUUUCUCACAUAAAACAACGAAUUCAGGACUAUGAUAAAGUUAUGAAUUGGAAUGUAGAAACUUAGCUGUGCCUUCACUUUGUGGAUACUACUUCCUAUUUUUGAAAUUGAUAUGCAUAUUUUGAACUAUUUAUUUACACUCAGAACAGUACAUCUAUGGGGAUUGCUUAAUCGCUUUGUCACUUACUUAGAUGUUGUAGAUUACUGGUACAUUUUGUCUGCAGAUCCAAUUUUAAAGCAAUGUAAGGACAUUCUCAGAUAAGUUUAGAAAACUUGUGCUAGCACUCUGCUUUUAUUAGACAAUUUACAGCCUGGCCUCUUAAAUAUGAAUACUUUAUUGGAAAAUACUGUAUUUGCAAACUUGCAAAGCCCAGCAGAGAAGGCAGUUCUGAAUGCUGUGUCAAAAGUUUGCAUAGAAAUACCACUAACAAUUUUAGGAGUUAUUUAUAAAUGGUCUCUUAAUGACGUCAGAGAGAAUUGAGCUGUUCUUUCUGGCUGGGGUUUAGUGAAGCUCUCAAUCAUACUAAAUAGUUUUUGCAAGUUGAAAAUUAAUUUAGUAAGAAGUUUCAAGUUGUAUUUCAAAAUGCUCUCUUGUAUUUCUGAUGUUAUCUGGAGUUUCAACAAAUAAGAGAUGCAAAAUGACUUUCUGUUUAAACAAUGAAAGUGUAGCAAAUGGGGGUUAGGGGUUGGGUUGUGCUGGGGGUUGUUGUUUGAUUUUGGGGUUUUUUUUUAUUCCCCUUUUCAGAGGUAAUGCCCCAGAUUUAUACAUGGCCUUAAAGGAACAGCAGUACAGGAUGAGACUCAUUUUAGUGUUCCUUUGGUGUUGCUGUAGGCCAGUACACUCUGCAUACCUUUUCUGGGUCAUCCUUGUAGGGAUCCGUGGGUUUAAAGGCAAAACAAUUCAUCAGCAAGUAACAGGACUUUUUCCAGGCAGCAGCUGUUUGUGAAAUUAGAAUUCAGAAAGUACAGUAAAAUGAAUUCUCAUUGAGAGUAUAAAUGAUUAGUACUUUUUUAUAAGUUCAGGUUAAAUGUUUUAAUGGACAUGCUUUCCAGAGCAUAUCUGCAUAAGUUCAAUAUACAUUUUUAUAUUUAAUCUUGGGGAUAGGUUUGUAUACGCAUACUAUUUCAUAAACUAGUACAUUUUCUCUUUGUAUCCUUUUUCAUGUCUUUGUUUAUUUUUAUAACUUACUAAAUUUGUUAGAAUCAUAAUAGUUUCUUUGUACAGUUUUCUACAACUGCAAUUUGUCUGUUCUGAAAUAUAUUUUAAUGUGAAAAAAAAAAGCACCAGUGUAACGGUGUUAUUCUAAUGCUUACAGAGACAUUUUGUUAGAAAAAGGUGCUCUGGUUAAGAUUAUUUCAAAUUUCUGUUAGCUAUCAUUUUUUCUUUAAGAGAAAGUUUUGAACUUUUGCCUUACUUUAAAGGCAAGACAUCAGAAAUAUGUUUCCAGUUUAGAACAGUGAUGGUAGUACCAACUCUGUUUUUCAGUACCAGAAAUCCAUUUAUAUACCUCCCUGUGGCAUUGAUAUUCCUUCUGAGUUUUGAGCCUUUAUUAUUCACACUGCAGUCCUGAUGGCUACAAAAACCCUCUUACGUAUUUAUAAAGCUAGCAUUCCAAUUUUAUCAGCCACUUAAUUCCAAGAGUUUUAGUGGAUGAAGUAAAAGACACCAUGGAAACACUGAGAGAAUUUUCAGACUUGGCACCUCUUCUUUUGAAAGCCUUCAGUUUGAUCUGCCUGGAAGGUGUCUGAAUGUUUUCAUCAUUUUGAAAUCAGGUGACAGUCAGUGCUAUCCCUUGUUCUUUCUCUUUUCAGAUUCCUCUCUCUGGUUUCGGUUUCUGUUCUUUUCAGAGAAGAGGACAUUGCUCUCCCUUAUAAAGGAGCUAGGCCAAGUGUUUUAUAAGUAUUGUGCUGUGUGCUUGUUAAACUUGUCUGUGUAACAGAGGUCCUUUCCUAAAUACCUGCAAUCUAAAUGACCUCUCGAUGUAUACACAAGUUUCUCAUUUUUUUAUCAGUGGGACUUCUGAGCAUUGCAUCAGUACCAGGUGAAAAAGAUUGAUUCAAGUUUAAGAAUAAACUGAUGUUUAUAAAGUGCUAAAAAGAAGCAGACCACUGCUUUCUUUGGAAGAUUCACAAGUCUGCACUCUUGGUAGGUCUUCCUCCAAACGAGCACAGAGACCCAGCUUCAGACUUUCUUUGAUAGUGGGGUGAGUUCCAGUCUCUGAAAAACUGACUCCUGGCCCCUCAGACAGUGCCUGCAUAGCCUCUGCAGAACCAACAUGCUUCUCCUUUCUUGCAAAGUUUCCAGCAAAUGGGUUGGGAAAAGGGGACACCCUGCCUGUGGCUGGAAUGAGGAAAUAAACCAAGCGGAGACAGCUGUGUGUGGAUCACUCCACAUGUCUCAGCAAGGUGUGGCUGAAUAGGUUAUCCAAAAGCUGGGGAGGGAAGAUAUGUAGGGAUCAUCCCUUCUGCCAGCCUUCUGGGAUUCAAAUAGGAUUAGCGCAAUGCAUGGCAUUGGGGUAUGCUGAGCACAGAGCCCCAGGAGACAGCAUUUACCUUCACAGGAGAGGGCCAUUUGUGACUGUUAAUGGUGAAUUCCUUGCUCAGUGCUGGAUCUGUUGCAGACCUCGGCACUGCUAAGCAGGCACUUCUGGCACUUUGCUCUAAACUGGCAAUGGAGGCCUGAAAAGGGUCGUGUCAGCAGUGCUCUGAACAUGCCAAAGAAUAGUAGUUUAAGACACAUUUUUAUCUCUCAGAGAAAUAAGAAUUAAUAUCUGGGAGCUGAAGGCAGCCAAAAGCAAGACAGGCACUAGGAAGAAGUUCUGUGAGAGUUGUGGUCAGAAUGAAAAUGGUCUCUUGGUAUCCAUAGAGAACAGAAGGCAUAUGUCAGACAAAACUAAAGUUAUCAGAUGAUAAUCACCUCUGUGUAUAUUCUCAAUCUACUUUGUGGUAUGCACACCUAAACAGUCUGCUUACUCAUGUGACUAAGUUUUUCCAGAAAGUUGGUAAACUACUUGAAUCUCACUGAGUGAUAUUGCCCAUAUGUCAAUAGGCAUACAGCGUCCACUUUCACUUACAGUUUCUCCUUUGACACUGUGAACAUAACAAGAACUUUCAUUCUUCAGUCUUCCUCUUAAAUACUGCUCACCUGGCCCUGCAGACUGCAGAUCUACAAAUGGAAAAGUCCAAGAGGCUUGUAGUUUCCAGGAAUAUUACAGUUUUCAAACUGAACUUAAAUACAUCAAUAAAGGGGUGCACUUUUUUUUUGUCUUCAAAAACAGCUGUAGUUCCUGGGUCAAGAUAACUGACAUCAUCUGCACGCUCUUUACUAAUUUGUAUGUUUUUGCAGGGCACAUAAAGCAGUGCCUGAUAGAUGUAAACAAAAGUAUGUAUCACAUAGUAGGGUGGACUAGCUUUCAUGGCAAUGUAUCAAUGAAAAACCUAAAUGAUUUGAAAUUGUAGAGAAGUUAUCCAGUAUUUUCUUUAUUCAACUCAAAAUUGAUGUGGUGAAGGAUUUGAAGCCUUUAGACAAUCGUAAUCAAAAAAAUCAUUGUAUAACUUGUAUUUCUGUCCAGCAUUGAAAUUCUUGGCCUUAACAAUAAAAAG